AUAAGCACAAGGCCUUGGAUUUGUAGGAGAGGUGAAAUAGAAUGCUUUGUGAUGAAUAUGAAUUUCCUAACGACGUCAGCUGUAAUGAUUACAAUAAUGAUUUCUUUAUUUUGCCACAAGGAUAACAUAAGUAUAACAAUACGAUGCAAAUAAUAUGAGUUUCUAAAUACAAUGUAGAAAUAUAUUUAAAAUAGACAAAUAUACAAAACAUACCAUCACAAUAAUAAUAAUAAGAAGAAUAAGAAUCAUAAUAUAAAUAAUAAUAACAACUGAGAAGGGACAGUCAAUGAGAGGUUCGAGGCACCCUAAAACCUUGACCACCUUCCCAUUCUCUCUUCCAACUUCAAUCCUCAGACGAAACUGAAGAGGUAGUCCUUUCACCAACACCAAAUUCACCCCUUCUCACCCACCUUUUCUAAAAUUUAGGAAAGAGUAUUAUCUCUCUCAACAAAGACAUACAUUAAAAAAAAUGUAUUAGAAUUAUAAAAAUGUCCAUUAAACAUGACGAGUAAUAGUACAUAUGCUUUGCAACAGUUGCUGCAUGUUGGUUGCGUCUGCUGUUAGUUGCUGCUACCGAAUGGUAGCGAUUCUUUCGACAUUCACUGAGAGAAGUAUUGCUAAUCUUUAUCGAACAGCUUAGGAACUUGUAGAUCAAUGCCUAGCCUAAAAAAAAAAGGUGUGGGGGAAAAUUGGACGUUUUAAUCUUUCGUUGUCUGUUUCUGUUGCGUUUUACCUUGCGCAGUAAACAGAAAUUGAAAGAAAAUAUGAUCAACUGCCAUAAGUGAAGGUGGCGUUAGCGUUAGUAGUGUGUUUGCGUUGUGUCACGCCUUUCAGGAGUGAGAGCGCUGUUGUGUUGUGUUGUUUUUCCCUCUCGUAUGUGUGUCGCAUGUGUUUCUCUGUGUAUGUGUGUGUAAGAGUGCUUGUGAGAGAACAAGAUGGCUUCAGACGUGGAAAAAGCGAACAGUGUGUUCGUUUCGGUUGCUCCCACUAGUAGUAGCACUGAAACAACUGUUCUAAGUCCACCUAGCGACGCCUCUACAUCAAAAAGCUCAGAAGUUACGACAGUAACAAGCAGUAACAGUUUUACAAACAGCAUAGCUUCCAGCAGCACCACCACCACUAACAACACCGCCACGACUACCACCAAGUCUGGCCUUCGGAUGAAGGAAGGCGAGGCAGACGAAGACGACGACCACAACAACAUGUCCAACGAACGUAAAGGUUGGCUUAUGAAGAGAAGCCGAUUGUCACAUAAAUGGAAGAGAAAGUGGUUUCUAUUAAAAAAUGCCGAUCUCUUCUACGGUAAUGAUCCACAGAGCACAUCCAAAAGAAUUUCUCUGGUUAACGCUGAAAUUUCUGAAAGCCACAUGGACAAAAAAAGUUAUGCUUUCCGAAUUAAACCGAGAAAUCAUCGCCGUGCCUUUUAUAUACAUGCUGAAAAUGAAUUAGAGCAAAACAACUGGAUGCAAGCAAUCUGCUUUGCCAAGGCAGCCGGUCGACUUGGUGACAACUCUCAGGCAUGUGUUCUCCAAUGAUAAUGGCCUCUGUGUUUAUCUGGUUACUAUAAGGGAGGGUGGGGUGAUAGAACAGACAGAAAGGUUCACAGUGGUACAAAGCAGUAACAUAUGUGACUAAGGUACUAAAAACAGUACCUCCGAAAUCAUCACCAUCAUCAUCAUCACCAUCAUCGUCAUAAACAUAUAGAAUAUUCCAAUGAUGAAAAGAAAAUGAACAUAUACAAUGUCAUAAUUCUGGAAAAAUCGAAAAUUUUGCAGAGGACAGAAUCCCUUUUCAAACUGACCAAGCAAUAAGGCAGCUUUAAGAUAGCUCUCAAAAUCAUGAAUUCAAAAUCGAUUUUGUUAAACUGGAAAAACAAAAAAAAAGUUUUUAUUUUCAAAAGUUUUCUUUCAUUUAAAAAAAAAAGUUUCUUGUUUUCGAUACUUUUUAUUAUUUUUUCAAAUCAAUUUUUUCCCCCUUUCCUUUAAAAUUGUGUUUGAAAUUUUAUUUAUCUUUUACUGCUCUUUUUUUUUUUUUUUCAAAAUUUAUAUUUGUUUUUACAUUUGUCCUGUUUAUAUUUUUUUAAAAAGGCUUAUGUUAAUUCCAGCCAUUUUUAAAUGUACACAUUUCUUUAAUUUAUUCAACAAUGUGUGUGUAUGUGUGUGUGUGUGUGUGUGUAAUAUAUGUAAAAACACACAAUCAUAAAUUCACACUUGUGUUUUCAAGUGUUCAGUUGCUAGAGUAUGGGUGUGUUGUGUAUACAUAGUUCAUAUGUACAUAUAUGUAUACACCUUAAGUAUGGUUGUUUGUGUGGUUGGCUAUGGAUGCAUGUGGACACACUCAGCUAUUCUGCUCAUCUCUGUGACCCUAUUAUACAUGUUAAUUUCAACUUAUUUAUUUUAAAAGGCGCUGAAACAGCUAAAGUGAGGAGCAAAUGCUCCUCGGACUGAUCUAAAACCUGAUACAUAAUACUGUUUAUAAGAUUACCUUUUCUAUGUUUUCUUCCCCUUUAUUUAUUCAUUUUUCCUUUUCCUUCUCUUUUUUCUUUUUUUUUUUUUUUUGCCAAAUUGAUUUUCCUUCUCUUUAUUUUUUUUGUUGCCAAAUUGAUCAUCCGGUAGUUUCUGUUUUGUUGUUUACUCCAUGUGAUUAUUUUCCCUUUGUUUUUUUCAUGGCUUUUUUUACAACACCAAAUUGUUGAAUUGGUGAUGUAGUGAAAAUAAUUAAUAACAUAGAAUCCUGUCAGUUACAUGUAGAACUAUAAUAGUGGCCCUCUACACUAAUUUAUUCAUAGUAUUAUACAUAUAUAUAUAUAUAUAUAUAUAUAUAUAUAUAUAUAUAUAUAUAUACAGUAGCAACAACAAAUGUUAGUUAUUUAAUACCAAGUAUACACACUUCCACUUACUUAUUUCAUCAUGCAAAUUUUAAGGUAUUAAAGUUGUGUGGAGGAAGGACAAUUGAGGGUUUUUUUUUAAAUAUUUGUUUUCUUCAUCACUUAACUCCAAUUUGACUUUUCCUACAUGAAAUGGAAUGAACCUUCUUUGGCAAGAUACAGCUAGAAUAAAUUAUUAAAUAAGAAAUACAAGAGUAAAUCAGAAUAAAAGAUGUUUUUUAAGAAACUCAUUUAUAAAAAAAAGUAAAAGGCUAGAUGCCCUUUUUUCAUGUUGUUGUUCUUGUUUGCUUGUCUUUUUCCCUUUUUUUCAACACCAAUAUGUUGUUGUUGUUAUAAUAAUAAUAAUAAUAAUAAUGAUAAUAAUAAUAAUAAUAAUAAUAAUAAUAAUUAUUAUUAUUAUUAUUAUUAUUAUUAUUAUUAUUAUUAUUAUUAUUAUUAAGGCAGUAAGCUAGCAGAAUUGCUAGCAUGCCAGGCAAAAUGCUUAAGAGCAUUUUAUCUGUCUUCAUGUUCUUAGUUCAAAUUCUGCUAUGGUUGACUUUGCCUUUCAUCUUUUGGGGAUCGAUAAAAUGGUACCAGUUGGUCACUGGGGGUCAAUGUAUUUGACUUGGUCACUGGGGUCGAUGUAUUCGCCUUUCAUCCUUUUGAGGUUGAUAAAAUAAAGUACCAGUAAAGCACUGGGGCUAGCUAAUAUAUAUUCUGCUAAUUCCCUCUCCUCAAAAUUGCUGGCCUUGUACCUAAAUUACAAACCAUUAUUAUUAUCAUUAUUAAUUAAUUAAUUAGUUAAUAAUGAUGCCAUUUUUUUAUGGUUGUACUCCAGCAUGCCUUAGCUAUGAUACUUAACAUAAACUAGAGAACUUCUUAGGUUUUUAUAUAUAUGACACACUGUUUCAAUCAUUCAAUGUGAUAGAGUGGAAGUGAUGGCUUUGUAUCUAAAUAACUUUCAAUUAACAGUUUUUAACUGGCAGCUCCACAUAUUCGGAUUGGUCUAAAUGGAGAAGUUUCUUAAUUAAUUGGUAUUAUUCUUUUUUUUUUUUCUUUCUUGUUUUUGUUCUAUUUUUGUUGUUGAUAUUAAUGCAAAUCAUUCCAGCAGAUUCCCAUUUUCAUAUUUUUAAUUGUGUUACUAUUGAGAGGAAAAUAACAAUAAAGUGUCGUUGUUAUUAUUAUUAUUAUUAUUGCCAUUAUUGUCGUCAUGAUCAUCGUCAUCAUCAUGAAUCAGUAAGGAUGAUGGACAGUAGAAUGUGCAAAUAAAUACAGCAUUUAGAUUUCUCAUUCUUGGUCCAAAGUUCAAAUCCUGUUAGAGAUUUGAUAAAAUAAGUAGCGAUAAUUUAAUUGGGUUCAUUCUAUUAGGCAUACUCCUGACUUUGAUGAUUGGCUUUGCGCCUAAUCAAAAUAUACCAUCACCACCACCAUUACUACAAUCACCACUACAACCACCAUAAUCAUUAUUGUCAAUGUUGUCAUCAUCACCAUCAUCAUCAUAUUAUUAUUAUUAUUAUUAUUUUAAAAAUUGCAAGCAAUUUCAUUUUUUUAACAUUAAUUUAAACUUUUUGCAAUAAAUCCAUGGAAGCUCC